AAAAAGACAAAUAGGUCCCUGACUUUUUAAGUUUUUGACAAAUUCAUCCCUGACAAAAUUUAAAUACAAAAAAGUCCCUGACUUUAACAAACGGAGGACAAUUUAGUCCUUCCGUCUAUUUCCCUCUCACACAUCAAACGGAACAGGCUGACGUGGCUAUAACGGUGUCCAGGUGUCCGUUACGGUGCCACGCUGGAAGGAAAAAAAGAUCGAAGGACAAAUAGGUCCUUACUGAUCAAAACGACGUCGUUUUGAUAAGGUAACCCUAAUGAGAUUUAAACUGGGUUUUCUGAAGUAACAUACGCAGCACCUGUUCAGAUUUGUUCAUGGUGGUGUUGCUUAAAUUGAUGGCCAGUGAUGGAAGCUCAUCAAUCAAGAGACAACGCGGAGGUGUUAGCAGACGACAGGAAGGCUCUUCUAUAAAUGCAGAUCCAUGUUCAGUUCAAGCUGGGGAUGAGAAAGAUUGCAUCGCUCCAAAAUGCUUCUGCGGGAUGUAUGCGAUAUUUUACAUGUCGAAGACAAAUGCCAACCCAAACAGACUAUUCUUCGGAUGCCCAUUCUUCAAGGUGAAACAACCAUAUUGUAAAUUCUUUGUGUGGGUUGAUGACCAUGUUGGAAGAAUUGGGUGCAUGGAGCCAACAAAAGAAUUGGGUGACAAUCAGAGCUUAAAUGUUGAAGAACAUUUUGGGAAGUCUGAAUUGGAGAACAGAAUGGCUGAUCUAGAGCAAAGGAUAAAUUACCUAGAGAACAAGAAAAGCAGUAACUUCUGGGUCAUAGUUCUAAACUUGAUUGUUGUAGUUGUUGGUCUUUGUUUAUUUAGGGUAUGAAAAAUAUGAAAAAAAUGUGGAUUGUAAUGAAUUAUAUCUGUUAACUAUUUUAGCUAAUAUAAAUGAAAGAAAGAAGAUUUUAAUUA